AUGGCUCCACUUCCGACUUCUCGAGUAACACCUUCUCUAGUGUUUGAGAACACUGGAGUAGAUUAUGCUGGUCCAAUCACAUUAAAAACCUUUCAAGGUCGAGGUGCAAAAAGCUUCAAGGAAUGGAUUGCAGUCUUUGUCUGUUUCACGACCUCAGCAAUUCACCUAGAAGCAGUCUUAGACUACUCAGCAGAAGGCUUUCUCAAAGCUUUCAGACGUUUCACCAGCCGUCGUGGAAUUCGCAAGACUAUUCGAAGUGACUGCGGCACGAAUUUUAAAGGUGCUGACGCUAUUCUCAAAGACCUAUUUCGACAAUCAUCAAAGGAAUCUCAAGAACUUCAACGGAUUUUUGCUAACGAUGGAAUUAAGUGGAUCUUUAAUCCACCUGGAGCACCUCAUAUGGGUGGAAAGUGGGAAGCAGCAGUCAAGUCAGUAAAGCACCAUCUGCAACGAACCAUCUCAGACACGCUUCUCACUUUCGAAGACUUCUCCACUUUCCUCGCCCAAGUAAAAGCGGUACUUAACUCACGACCUCUCAGUGCUCUAUCAGACGACCCAGAAGACAUCUCAGCUUUAACACCAGGACACUUCAUUCGUGGAGAAGCUCUGACCACAAUACCAGAACCAUCUCUAUGCUCUGUACCUGAAUCAAGACUAUCUCAUUUCCAGCGAAUCCAAGAACGAUUUCAAAAAUUUUGGGAUAGGUGGUCAACGGAAUGCCUUCAAGCGCAUCAAUCGAUUUCUGAAUGGCAGAAAACUCAAGACAACAUUCAAGUGGGCUCAUUAGUUCUUCUCACCGACGAGCGAUUGCCUCCAUCAAAGUGGCCUCUCGCUGGAGUCAUUCAACUUCAUCCUGUUCAGGAUGGAUUAUGCAGAGUAGUAACCGUCAAAACUGCUACCUCGACUCUUACUCGACUAGUUGUCAAGCUCGCUCCACUGCCAAUUUCUCCACACCGAGACGACUCACAAGAAGAGGAUUCCAAUUCCUCACAUAGCUGCGGAAUUGGGGGGGGGGGGAAUAAGGGAGUGUUCGGAAGUAAGUCAUCAACUUUACGCGGACCAUGGAGAAGCAUCCUACGACAUUAA